AGGACCACACCUCCCCCCCGAUCCCUGCAACUGCCUGUACUGGCCGCCACCAGGAACACACCAAAGCUACCAAAUUCCGGGCUCGACGCCCUGGACAGAAUCCAGCCCAAGGAGACCUCUUACCAGACACCCAACUCCAAGGCACCCCCCACCUGCCCGGGGCACAAACCGUCAACGGUCCCACCUACGAUGCAGGCCGCUGGGUGUCUGGAGCCCCUUCACAGCAGGGGUGCCUCCUCCCUCACCACAGCGGGUGCCAACGUCUCUCAGGACAAUGGCACCGGCCACAACGCCACCUUCUCAGAGCCACUACCGAUCCUCUACGUGCUCCUGCCCACCGUGUACUCUGGGAUCUGCGCCGUGGGGCUGACCGGCAACACAGCCGUCAUCCUGGUCAUCCUGAGGGCACCCAAGAUGAAGACGGUGACCAACGUGUUCAUCUUGAACCUGGCCAUUGCUGAUGGGCUCUUCACAUUGGUGCUGCCUGUCAAUAUCGCAGAACACCUGCUGCAGCACUGGCCCUUCGGGGGGCUGCUCUGCAAGCUGACGCUGGCCAUCGACCACUACAACAUCUUCUCCAGCAUCUACUUCCUGGCCGUGAUGAGCGCGGACCGAUACCUGGUGGUGCUGGCCACCGUGCGGUCCCGCCACAUGCCCUGGCGCACCUACCGGGGGGCGAAGGUCAUCAGCCUGUGUGUCUGGCUGGGCGUCACCGUCCUGGUUCUGCCCUUCUUCUCUUUUGCUGGCGUCUACAGCAAUGAGCUGCAGGUGCCAAGCUGUGGGCUGAGCUUCCCGCAGCCCGAGCAGGCCUGGUCCAAGGCCAGCCGCGUCUACACGGUGGUCCUGGGCUUCGUGGUGCCCGUGUGCACCAUCUGUGUGCUCUACACAGACCUGCUGCGCAGGCUGCGGGCCGUGCGGCUCUGCUCUGGCGCCAAGGCUCUAGGCAAGGCCAGGCGGAAGGUGACCAUCCUCGUCCUCGUCGUGCUGACCGUGUGCCUCCUCUGCUGGACGCCCUUCCACCUGGCCUCCGUCGUGGCCCUGGCCACAGACCUGCCCCAGACCCCGCUGGUCAUCAGCAUGUCCUACGUCAUCACCAGCCUUAGCUAUGCCAACUCGUGCCUGAACCCCUUCCUCUAUGCCUUUCUGGACGACAGCUUCCGCAAGAAUUUCCGCACCAUGUUCCGGUGCUGAGGGGCCUGAGCACCCAUCAUCACCCCCGCCA